GAAGUGUGUAAUAUAUUAUAGAAUUGUUAAAUUAUAUUAACAUAUUUUCCCACGGAUGAAUGACUUAUUUAUACAUAUUUACAUAUUUGUUUUGAUAUAUUAGAAAAAGCAGAUUGGGAUGAUGUAAUUCAGCUGGUAAAUAUCCGCCUCCUGCUGGCCAAAACCUGCAAGUACAACAAACCACCGUCAUGAUAAAGCGGGAGUGGCCUCAUGACGUCACGCAGGAGAGACGAAGGUAAAGCAGAGCUGUUUCAUAAACAGAAUUCAGUUCGUUGCAACUGGACACGAUCUUCAAUUUGAAGGUUCUCCAUUCAGGAAACUCAGUUAAAGAUAAACUGAAGAAGCAGAAAAGCAGACCAAAGGAGAGAAAGUGAAAGUGUCAUGUCUUCCUCCAGCAGUCUCCUGUCUGAAGAUCAGCCCCAGUGCUCUAUCUGUCUGGAUGUGUUCACUGAUCCAGUCUCUACUCCAUGUGGACACAACUUCUGCAUGGUCUGUCUCAAAGAGUGCUGGGACAGCAGUUCACGCUGCCAGUGUCCAGUUUGUAAGACAGAAUUCCCAACAAGACUUGAACUAUCCGUGAACGCGUUCAUCUCUAGACUGGCUGCUCAGUUCAAGAAGUCAGUUCAGGUCAAAUCCAGCAGAGCUCCAGAGAAACCUGACAAAUCUCAGGUUCUCUGCGAUGCCUGCUGUGAAAAAAGUGCAGCUCUGAAGUCCUGCCUGAUCUGUAUGGCCUCUUACUGCAAGACUCAUCUGGAACCUCAUGAGAGAAUCGCUUCAUUCAGGAAACACAAACUGAUGGACCCUGUGGAGAACCUGGAGGACUACAUCUGCCAGAAACAUGAGAGACCCCUGGAGCUGUUCUGUAGAGACGACCAGACGAGUGUGUGUCAGCUCUGCACUGAGACAGACCACAAGACUCACAGCACUGUUCCUAUAGAGGAGGAGAGUGGAGAGAGGAAGACUCAGCUGGGAAAGACACAGGCAGAAGUUCAGCAGAUGAUUCAGGACUGACUGAAGAAGACUGAGGAAAUGAAAGAGUCUGUAGAGCUUAACAAGAAAAGCUCAGAGAAGGAGAAAGCAGACAGUGUGGAGGUCUUCAGAGCUCUGCUGCGCUGCAUUGAGAGAAGCCAGGCGGAGCUGCUUGAGGUGAUGGAGGAGAAGCAGAAAGCAGCAGAGAGGCAGGCUGAAGAGUUCAUUAAAGAGCUGGAGCAGGAAAUCACUGAGCUAAAGAGGAGAGACACUGAGCUGGAGCAGCUCUCCCACACUGAGGACCACCUCCACCUCCUACAGGUUUACCCGUCCCUCUGCAGCCCUCCACACACCAAGAACUGGACUGACGUCAGGAUUAACACUCAUCUGAGGGUGGAGACUCUGAGGAGAGCUCUGUCUCAGCUUCAGGAACAGCUCAGUAAGGAGAUGGAGAAGAUUCCUGAGAUCAAAAUGAAGAGAGUUCAACAAUAUGCAGUGGAUGUGACUCUGGAUCCUGAUUCAGCUCAUCCUGAACUCAUUCUGUCUGAUGAUGGAAAACAAGUGAGACUUGGAGACGAACUACAGAAUCUCCCUGACAAACCAGAGAGGUUUGAUUAUUGUCCCACUGUGCUGGGAAAGGAGGGGUUCUCCUCAGGGAGAUUUUACUAUGAGGUUCAGGUCAGAGGGAAGACUGAGUGGGAUUUAGGAGUGACCACAGAGUCCAGUAACAGGAAGGGACAGAUUACACUGAGUCCUGAGGAUGGAUACUGGAUUGUGGUUCUGAGAAAUGAGACUGAAUAUACAGCUGCAGAAUCUCCUUGUGUCCCUCUGUCCCUGAAACAGGCUCCCCAGAAGGUGGGGGUGUUUGUGGAUUAUGAGGAGGGUCUGGUCUCCUUCUAUGAUGUUGAGGCCAAUUCUCAUAUCUACUCUUUCACUGGUCAGUCUUUUGCUGAGAAACUCUAUCCGUACUUCUGUCCCAGCCUCUAUAAUAGAGGCAACAACUCAGCACCACUGAUCAUCACACCUGUUAAACAUAAUACAUGAAGUUCAUUUUUCUGCAGUAAAACCUUUUUAAGUUAGAAAAUCUUGCACUCUGACAUUUGAGGUGGCAUAUUUCAAAAAAUAAAUAAAUAAUAAACUAAGAAUAACGUUUUAAAAAUGAACCAAGUCAUCAACCAAUGAACCAAGUCAAUGCAUCAAGUUUCCAUUAAAUUAUCAGAAAUUACUUAAGAAGUUUAAAAAUGUUGAAUUAUUUACUGCUCACAGUUACAUCCUGAGGCUCUGAGUUAAACACAGUCAUCCUGAGAAGUUCUGCUGAUUCUGUCAGACUAGAACUUUCUCUGGAGUCUACAUAUUUUCAGUUUUCCAGCUGUGUUUCAUCCAGCUGUUGAACACAGUGUCUAGUUUUGAGAGUCUUCUGGGCUGUAGAUAAAAAAAAACACACAGAAGUUAUUCUGAAUGUUAAAACCCAAAUAAGAUCUUCAACGCUGAGUUUCAGCCUGGUUCUGAGGUUCUUUUAUUGGUUCUGAGGUUCUUUUAUCGGUUCUGUGGUUCCUUUAGUAGUUCUGUGGUUUGGAACAGGAAAUCAAAGACACUAAUGCACAGUAACACUUCUUAUCAGUGCAGUGAAGCUCCUGAGAGUCAGACAGAUAAAUAUGAGGAAGUUUACAGUGUUUAGAAAAGUGUGUUUCACUCAGUUCUGCAGCUUUAAUCAUGUUUGUGUGAAGUAACAGGUGUUCAGAUGUGGUUUGUGCUUUGACUUCUCUGACUCCUCAGCUCAGAGCUAAAACCCAUGACAUCACUACCUCACUCUGUACCACAGCUGCUCUAAUUCACAUUCAUUCAGCAGAUCUUAAUGUACAACAAUUCUUGUUUCUAUCAAAUUGUAUCAUCAUGUUCUGUUAUAUUAUAUAGGUUUUCUAUUCAGUGCAGUUCUUCACUACAGUGUGUUAAGAAUCUGUAUUACCUGGGAAACGUGUCUCGAUUCUUUAUGUAAAAAGUAAAUGAUUGUAACCUGAAAAACGUGUGUUUAUUAUUAUUAUUCUGAGCAGCAAAUCAAUAGUAAGUCAGAGUGUGUAGUUCCAGACCACUGGACCCCAGUGCGGACCCUCUAGUGUGUGAUAGACUGUCCAGCUCAGCCGAUCACAGGCUUCCUUCUUCUGACAGAGUCUGACUGUGUAUGAACAGUUGAAUAAACCUUCUUUUCUAAUCAGCUUUCUUUUAUUUUGCCUGAUCUUGUAGCCAUGUGGACCCACACGUAGGUCAGCUCUGCUAAUAUGUUUAGUGAGGCCAUGAGCUACAGAUCAGGCACAACGAAGGGCAGCAAGUAGAAAAAGAAGUUUCAUUUAACAGUUUGGACACAGCCUCUGAGAGCCGGGGCAGCUUGUUCCUCAGGGUGAUCGAACAACACGCCACCAAAGGAGGGAGGGAGGAAAUUGUUCUAUCACGUUCUACCACAGUGUUACACUAUCUGUGACUGUUCUAGACAGUUUAUCCUGCCUCUGAAUAUCACAGUCCAAUCAGCGUCAAGCUGUGUUCCAUGCAGUCCCACCCCUUUCAGGCGAUUUCAGUCUGGUUGAAAAUGGCCCAGAUUCCUCUGAUAGACUCUCAUAUGAGGCAGUUUUUUCAAACUGUAGGCACUGCAAUGCAAUCUGUACAUAUGUAACCUGGGCUGCAUUCAGCCCUGACCAAACAAUGACUCCUUACUUAUAAGACUGGCCAAACUCCUGACCUAAGCACCUGUAAAUAUUAGUAACAAGUAACUUACCUGUAUUUUCACAGAGAUGAAUGAAUUUUUAAUGUGUUUCUUCGAUAUAUUGGUAUAUUGGUAUAAUGAAGGUCAGUUGGUAAAUAUCUACGACCUGCUGGCCAAAAUACGCAAGUACAACAAAUAGAUGGGCGUGGCCUCAUGAUGUCACUCCAGAGAAACAAGUAAAGCAAAGCUGUUUCACAAAGAUAAUUCAGUUCCUCACAGCAGGACAGUUUCCAAACUGAAGUUCUUACAGUCGGGGAAACUCAGUUAAACUCUACAGAUGAAUUCUAUAGAAGAAAAAACCAGACCAAAGGAGAAAAAGUGAAAGUGGUAGAUAAAAGUUCAGAACAUUUCUGCCUUCACUGUUGUGAAUUUUAGCCAUUAUUUUUCUUAAACUUCCACAAAUGUCUUUUUUCUUGACAUUUAGAUAUAAAAACACAAAAAAAUGUACAAUAGCUUUUUGUUAAUGGAUUAAGAAUCGUCAUUGGAGGAAGGAGAUUUGAAACCUGCCAGAUCUCAGUGCUCUGUGAUUUCGGCUGUGAAAGGAAAUGUGCAAUUUUUUUUAUAUAUUUAGCUUCACUCAGAACAGAACCUGUAUUCGGAAUUUUCUUUUUCUCAAAAAACACUGA